CGGACCGGAAGCAGUCAGGUGUGCUGCCGGAAAUUCUUUUUGUUGAUCAUCGGAUAGUUGUUUUUCGGCCUCUUUUUAGAGACUGUAAAUGAACUGUUUUUGCCUGGUUUCUUUGCUUAGUUAAUUUAUUGAAUCUCGGCGCGUCAACAACAGAGACAAUACUCGUGUUGGACAGGAGGAUCUCAUAUAGAAACCGAAUCAUUGUCUUAACUGUAGUCAGGCCCGAGGCUGGGCUAACGUUAGCCUAGCAUUCACUGAAGUCCUGCUAGCUAGCGUUAGCUUGUGUUAGCUGUCACUCCAGACAGAGACAGCUGUUCAUUCGCUUAAUUCAUUAAUAAGAACAUAUAAUACAAACAUUCAGGCACCAUGGCAGUUGUCAACGAAGGAGCCCUCAAGAAAAUGCUGAAGCAAUACAAAUACAGAGAUCUGACAGUUCGUGAGAUAACCAAUGUCAUCUCCCAGUACAAGGACUUGAAGCCAGUUAUGGAUGCUUAUGUGUUUAAUGAUGGCUCCACAAGAGACCUGAUGAGCUUAACAGGAACAGUCCCAGUGAGCUACAGAGGCAAUGUCUACAACAUCCCAGUGUGUCUGUGGUUGCUGGACACAUAUCCCUACAACCCCCCCAUAUGUUUUGUCAAACCUACCAGUGCCAUGAUGAUCAAAACUGGCAAGCACAUCGAUGCCAAUGGCAAGAUCUACCUGCCUUAUCUACAUGAGUGGAAGCAUCCCCAGUCAGACCUGUAUGGUCUGAUACAGGUGAUGAUUGUGGUGUUUGGAGAGGAGCCUCCUGUGUUUUCUCGUCCCACCACACAAGCCCCCUACCAAGCCUUCCAAGCAGCUGGACCCCCAAACCCUUCCUACAUGCCUGGCAUGCCUUCGGUGUCACCCUAUGGUCCAAAUCCUAACCCAGGAGGCUAUCAAGGAUACCAGUACCAGGCUGGCAACUCUUACCCGGCCACUGCAGGCCCUGCACACUACCCCACCCAGCCUCCAGUUUCCACUGUUGGUCAGACCAGAGAUGGCACCAUUGGCGAGGACACUAUCCGUGCAUCUCUGAUCUCAGCAGUAAGUGACAAGCUUCGCUGGAGGAUGAAGGAGGAGAUGGACAGAGCUCAGGCUGAGCUUGACGCUCUGAAGCGGACAGAGGAAGACCUGAAGAAAGGGCAUCAGAAACUAGAGGAGAUGGUCUCAAGACUGGACCAGGAAGUGACUGAGGUUGACAGGAACAUCGAACUGCUGAAGAGAAAGGACGACGAGCUGAGCGAGGCCUUGGAGAAGAUGGAGAACCAGUCAGAGAACAAUGACAUUGAUGAUGUCAUCGUGCCCACCGCUCCGCUGUACAAACAGAUCCUGAACCUUUAUGCUGAGGAGAAUGCAAUUGAGGACACAAUCUUCUACCUGGGAGAGGCCCUCCGUAGGGGCGUCAUAGACCUGGAAGUUUUCCUCAAGCAUGUACGCCUUCUGUCCAGGAAGCAGUUCCAGCUUCGUGCCCUCAUGCAGAAAGCCCGCAAGACUGCUGGCCUUAGUGACCUCUACUGACCCACACUGACUACCUGGAAGCGUUCGUAUCUUCAUUCUCUCUUCCUGUCUCUUCUUCCUCCGCUGUUUUAUUCCCUUUUUAAUGUCUUCAUGUAUUUAGAACCGCUGCUCCUUUUUUGAACUCAGUAAAAUCUGUGACAGAAAUCUGAAGAGCAACACUUAUGAAGAAUAGGACUGUCUUGUUUAGCACAUUGAAAUUUCAAACAGUGUGGCUACAGUUGUAGUGCGACACCGUUUGUAUUUUGAUCUGACCAAAUACUUUUAUCAUUAUGCAUCAAUAGUCAUGACCCAGACAUGGAACCAUUACGUUUGUGCCCCAGUAUAGUAUAAAAUACAGAACCAGGUUCUGUGGUUGACACAAAAACCUGCUUAAGACACAUGCCAUAUUGGUAAAAGUGAGGUGCGAGCCUAUUCUGUAUGUAGUGUAUGUGACAUUUGCCCUGAGUGUUUGUGGUGUAACUGGGUUUGGCGCACAGUGAGUUAAUGUGUCAACCUGUACAUGCUGCACUGCAGGGUAGACCACAGGUUCUGUUUGCAAUCCCUUUGCCAGACAAAGUCAUUUGGCUAGUAAGCACAAAUUGGUAGGGGCUAGUAGAGAAGGGCUUUGUAGAGAGCCCCAUAUGUCCACACCCCUCAUAAUGAAAAGGUUAGGCUCUGAUAUAAAUACCCUGGGCAACCUUUCAGGAAGGACCGGGGUUCAGCCUCAGGAUUUAAUGCUGCAUGAAGUCUGGGUCAUGUUCAGUAGCCAUGAAGUCAAAUGGAUCGAUUUUCAUACAGCAGAAGUGAUGAUCACCGUGUACCCGAACUGUGUUUCUUCACUGUCUUGUUUAAAGAGCUGAAUUUUGAGCUGCCCACACUAUUAUGUUUUCCCCCUGAUCUGAGUGUCUCUUUAUGAAGGUGUGAGUGAGGUUCUUUCAUGUGUGUCAGCUGCUCAGGUCUACCCUCCAAUCUGACUGCACUAACCAGUCAAUCAUGUACAGUGGUUGUUUCACUCUGUACACUGUCUCUAAUUAAGGUGGGUGGCAGUCUUGACAUACUUAAUUCUAUAAGGUAUUACAAAACAAAAUUCUGUAUCUUUGUUUACUUUUCUAUUUUACCUGAGCUGUCCACUCAUUCUCAGUCCUGCUGAGAAGUUUAAGUUUUCAGUAAAAAGUUGUGAAUAAAGCCAGAGCGUUGGAGGGUACAAAAAAUAAACUAUUGUACUAAUCAAAAAGUUAACUUAUGUAAAGUUAAAACAGGUCUCAUUUAAAUUAGCCUUUUACUAAAUGCACUUUGAAUUGUAUGAUAGAAUAUCUGCUGUUAUUUUUUUUCUUGUUUCCAAUUCAACCACCUGUUCUUUUAUAUCUGUAGAUUUAUGUAAAUCAGUACAAAUAAAAUAAAUCUGAUUUAAUGGUU